AGCGUGUGGCCAAGGAAGUAAAGGAAGAGUUUUAUUAAUAUUGCACUCUGUUUAGAUUUACUAAGACGCUUAAUAAAAUAUUUUUAGGAAUUUUAAGUUAAGUAUUAGUGAAUAGUUGCACAUAUUUUUAAUGAUAGAAGUUCAAUAAGUAUAAAAGUUCUCUGUAGAGAUAGCAAACUUGGUGAUAAAUAAAAUGGCUGGGAUUGAGGACAAUUGUCCACGGAAGAAUGUUGUAUGUAAUAUGACAGAACUGGUUUGAUUGACCAUAUAUCCGGUUCAAGUUCAAAUUUUCGUAGCUUUGGAAGUUGAGGUCAUGUAUCAGGAUUGGCUUGGGAGAAGCAUAUAUAAGAAGACGAGAGUUGGUAUUAGUGUAAAAUUCAAAUAGAAGAAACUGAAUCGUGUUUUCUGUAUGUUAUUAUUUUUGUAUUGGUUCUUGUCAUUCGAGGUGUACUUUCUAUUUCUGUCGAGUUUUUACUGUAGCUGGAAGUGGGCUUAGUGGGAGAAGGUUUGAGUGAAGAUGUGGGCUGUUGUCAAAGAGUGGAACUCUCCCUCAUAUUGCUGUGCACUUGGUAGUCGUUCUGUGUGAUUGGCAGGGUGUGUUUGUCAAGCUCUUGUGUUUGUAUGUUUUACAAUGAGGUAAAGUUCGGCUGUGAAGGCAUUCUAAGAAUGAACAUAUAUGUAUAUAAAUUAUUUUGGUUUUGUUUUCGGUGUGCGGCUGGGUGGGACUAUCACUCGGGAGAAAUUUUUCAUAUGUGCUGUAUUUUAGGCCUGCACGACGUCAGAACUCCCGUCAACCAAUUGCUUAAACUACGCCAUUAAAAAGGGACAGCAGUUUCUUGUUAAGCGUAUGCUGCGGAGACGACCUAGUUUGACAGAAUACCCCGCUCCUAACGGAUUUCUGCCACUUGCCAAUGCGAUUAUUCAGGGUGAAAUGUGUAUUAUCGACGUGCUGCUCUCGGCCGGCUGCAGCGUUCAUCUCGGAAAUCUUGGAACCGGACGGACCCCGCUGCAUCUAGCUUUUUAUUACGGUCACUUGCCAUCCGCGAAAAUUUUGUUAAACAAGAAGGCCCAACUGGAGGCUACGGACGCCAAUGGUAUGACUCCCGCACACUGCGCAAUCGAUGCCGAUCAGCUGGAAAUGGUAAAGUUCGCUCUCGAGGCGGGUGCGAAUGUUGAAGCCAGGGAUAUCUGCGGUUGGACCCUUCUUAUGCGUGCAGCAGUCGUUAUGAACGCAAGCAUAAAGCUUAUCAAAGUGCUUGUUACACAUGGUGCAGACCUGGCCGCUUUGGAUGAUUUUGGCAAAACCUGCUCUGAAUUAGCGAAACUUUAUCGUAGGCACGAGGCAAAGGAUUACUUUGACAAUGUUGAAAAAUGUAGGCUGGAAAAGUACAAUAAAUAUAAAACCCCAUAAACAAGUU